AAUGAGUCAUAUUUUUUUCUGUUAAAUGACACAAAAUAUAUUUGUAACAUACGAAAUAUAUAAAACGCUCAUAUUAUCAAACGCGGAUAAAAACUGUGUGCUGGCAGUACUAUAUGGUGAAUUAUUUAAGACGCACUGUAGAUUUUGAAGGUCACCAUUGUUUGGAUGUUGACAGUUUUCGCUAGAAUGUUGGACUGGUCGAACUGCGGAAGGUGAACCGUUAAGUUCUGUAGGGAUGCGAAAGCUAUUAAAUGGAUGCAGUAGCUAUGGUUGAACCAAAAUGCAGUGUAAGCUUUGUCUGUCAAAGAUGCCUGCAACCUGUAAAAUUGGAUUCUUCCUUCAACAGUUUAGGAGAACAUACACUGGCUGAAUUAUCCUUACCAAUCCAGCCAGCACCAGAAGUAGAUUUGGAAACCCAUGCAGCAAGUCUAGAUCGGUACGUACCAGCGGUCAGACUCACUGAGUCGGGCAAUGGUGCUAACGGGUUUAUGCUUAUUGAUGACGAAGGUGAAAAGGAGAGCCUGAGUCACAAGAUGAGGGUAACAGCCGGUCUCUUUGACCUGCUGUCAAGUAAUUCAGAAAUUGAUCACCCUCUAUGUGAAGAGUGCACUGAUGCAUUGCUGGAUCUUCUUGACCAGCAGUUGAGGCUCACAGCUGAAGAAUGGAAUGAUUAUAGCAGCUUUUUAAAGAGGUUGGAGGCUGAAGAUGAAGAACAGAACUUAGAUGAAUUGGAAAAAGAACUAGAAGCACUGAAAGCAGAAGAGGGGCAGUUGAUGGAGAGUCUUGAAGAUCUUCAAGAGCAAGAACGCAAAGUACGAGCAGCUUUGGCUGAACAAGAGCGUGAGACAGAGAGGCUUGAUCGUGAAGAAGAGCGUUAUUGGAGGGAAUACAUAAGGCAUCGUAGAGAACACUUUCUUAUGGAGGACGAGUAUCACAGCCUAGAAUGUCAGCGAACAUAUGUACAAGCACAGUUGGACAAACUGAAGAAAACAAAUGUUUUCAAUGCCACAUUCCAUAUAUGGCAUUCAGGGCAUUUUGGUACAAUAAAUAAUUUCCGGCUGGGGCGACUGCCAAGUGUCCCUGUUGACUGGAGUGAAAUCAAUGCUGCAUGGGGACAAACUGCUCUUCUGCUAGCAGCUCUGGCACGCAAAAUGAAUCUCUCAUUCAAGGAGUACAGGCUUGUACCUUAUGGGAAUCAUUCUUAUAUUGAGGUAUUGAAGGACAAUAGAGAACUGCCUCUGUAUGGCUCUGGUGGUUUCCGCUUCUUAUGGGACACAAAAUUUGACUCUGCAAUGGUUGCAUUCCUUGAUUGUCUACAACAGUUCAAGGAACAAGUAGAGAAGGGAGAUUCAGGUUUCUGCUUACCUUAUCGUAUGGAGAAGGGAAGAAUAGAAGAUUCUGCCACUGGAAAUUCCUACAAUAUAAAGAUUCAGUUCAACUCUGAAGAGCAGUGGACAAAGUCUCUUAAGUUCCUCUUGACCAAUCUGAAGUGGGGCCUUGCAUGGGUUAGCUCACAGUUUACAAAAGAUGAAGCAGAAGCCUCCCAACGUUAAUCAUUGUAUUGCGGCGUGCAUGUGAGCUAGUCAUGAUGUGUGUGUGUCCGCAUGUAAACGCUGAAGCCUUUUGGCUUUUUUUAACUUACCUAUACACCAUAUAGGAAGUGACUGAUAUGGAUCUUUGGACCCAUCUCCUUGUAUAAAUUCAAUGGGCACCUGUGUUGUUACAACUUGGCUUAUGUCUUUCAUAAUGAAUGUAUCUUUUUCUCGAAGUGUAUAAUAUGUAUUCAUAAAACAGAGAUGUCACAAGGAUGCCAUGAUUUUUAACAGAAAAUGUCAUUGGAGUGUGUUAAAAUUUAUUUCAGUGUGUUCUUUUUGCGAUGAGUGUAUUUUGACACGUUUUGUACUCCUCCCUUUUUAAAUAUAAGAGUGAAGCGAAAAAUAUUGUUUGAUCUCAGUCAGUUUGCUUUUUUGUUGAGUGACCAACGUGUAUAAUAUAGUAUUGGUUCUUCAUUCAUGUUUAGGCUAAGAAUAAGGUAAACAGAAUAGAACUGGAAAUGGUGGAAUGCUGUGUGAGAAUAGCUAGUUAUUUAUGUUUUGUUCCUGUGAUGAUAAUAUGCAGAUAUACUGCUAUAGGAAGUGUGUACAUCUGUUGCAGAAAGCUAUAAAGAAAAUGGGACCAAGAAGUUCAAAGAUCCAUCAGUGAGUGAAAUACAGCUUUCACCAAGUAUAGAAAUUUGAUGUAACGGUGGUUUGCGGAUCGCUUGAAGGAAGAUGUUACCACACUCAUUGAAAAUAACAUAUGAGACUGCUCAUGAAACACAACCUGGAUUAGAUGACCCACUUUCUCAUCAUCCCCCUCCACACGCACACUUUUCCCCAACCCUGCCCUUCUAUGCAAAUAAAAAGUAUGCACACCCAGUGUUGAUUAUAAGCUAAAGCUCUAUCUUUUCUUUUGGCAAACAUUUUUUCCAUAUAUGUAAAUUGUGAAAUUGUGUCAAGACAGUCCAGGAAUCGUUUUAGUCAAAUGUUUCAUAGAUAGUUAUGUUUAUAUCAUCAUCAUUACAGUAAGGUUAAAGAAAUCACUCAUCGUAUAGUCGAGGUAUUAAGGAGUAUAUAGGAUAAAAAAUAUAAAUAAAAAUAACACAACCCACACACACACACACACACACACACACACACACACACACACACA